CUUUUUCUUUAGUGUUGUCUGUGCAGCAUUUUACAUUAUGUAUAGACUUCUUGACGAUUUACCCAAGCUCAGCCUAACAUUAAAAACUCGGAGUAGAUAUAAUUUAAAGCAUUAGUUAUCGAAGAAGACAAAGUGAUCAAUGGGUAAAACCGCGUAUCCAAUCAUAUGUACUCUUGCAUUUGUUUAAUUUACCCGGUGAAAUCAUUCGGAAUUUUCUAGACUUUCCAACCAAAAAGGAGAAAGAGUCCGACGCCUUCCGAUGAAACAACGUGAAACAGAAAGUUGAAAAGGGUAGCAGUUAGCACAAAAACGCCAAAAUGUUGUACUUAGAAGAUUAUUUAGAAAUGAUAGAAAACCUUCCUAUGGAAAUGAGGGAAAAAUUAACAGAAAUGAGAGAAAUGGAUCUUCAAGUUCAAAAUGCCCUGGAUAGUUUAGAUGAGCGAGUAAAGACCUUUUUCAAGAAAUGUAUUCAAACAAAUGUCAAAUCUGAAUCAAAGGAAGAAGAAUUCGAGAAAAUUAAACAGGAUUAUUACAAGUCACUUGAAGAUGCAGACGAAAAAGUACAGUUAGCCAAUCACAUUCAUGAUUUGGUUGACAGACAUUUGCGUAAAUUAGAUCAAGAAUUGUCAAAGUUUAAGAUGGAACUAGAAGCUGAUAACAUGGGUAUAACUGAAGUCUUAGAAAAACGAUCAUUAGAACUAGACAAACAGCCAUCUAUUAAUAGCCACAGAGCAGAAAAGAGACGACUUCCCCCAUCUCAAGCUACUGUAACAAACCAUACAGAGAAGAGAAUCACUACAGAAAAAGUGCUUUCCUCUCUGGCACAUGAAGCUGCAAGGGAGACGAUUGGGGCACGAAGGCAGUCCAACUCAGGAUCUAACUCACCAGCGAUGCAAAUGUUCAACUCCACACCAGCACCAUCACUGACCUAUAGUCUGGGUCACAUGGGUGCAGGAAGUAACGCGGCUAUAGCAGCUGCAGCAUCUCAGGCUAUCGCGGCAACACAGCAUGUGAUGCAGCAAGGCAGAAGAACUCCUAGUAUGAAAGCUAGCUACGUGGCGAUGUCAAGGACUGCGGACCUCGCCAAGGAACUCUCCAUUCCAAAAGACACGGGUUACAACUCACAACCAUCAACACCUACUUCUAGUCAAGAAACAACACCUAAAGUACCUCGACAGAAAAAACAAACUUCCAAAGCAGCUCAGUUACAACAGCAGCAGCAACAACAACAACAACAACAGCAACAACAACAACAGACAGUUCCUGCUCAGCAGCCCAGCAUACCAACCCCCAGCCCCCAGCAAGCGAUACCUCCUAUACCCCCACCCUCACGUCCCCAGCCCAGCCAGCCAGUUGUGCGAGAUGCUGUGCCGGCAGCUGAGGAGGUCAGCACAGAGCUACAGAUUGUUGAUGAGCAUGGAACGCCCAUCGACUGGCAGAAUGACCCCAAUGAGCCACGCUAUUGUCUAUGUAACCAGGUGUCCUAUGGAGAUAUGGUCGGCUGUGAUAAUGAUGAUUGUCCUAUAGAAUGGUUCCACUAUGGGUGUGUCGGACUGACACAGGCACCCAAGGGCAAGUGGUACUGCCCUCAGUGUACAGCAGCCAUGAGGAGACGUGGACGCAGAUGAUUACAUGUCACAUUAGACACAAAUCUUACAUUAAUACAGAUCGUGUCAACUUUGUUAAAAUCCUGGUUUAAAAAGUUAAACGUGGUGUGUUUAUAAUAGAAUGUUACUCUUUUCAAAUUACUUAAUCUUCUCCUGAUCUAACCUCGGCACUGAAAAGGUGAUUUUUGAAACAGUUAAGUUUUGAGAAUUUUCUUCCAAAGGAUUAAAAUCAAAUUUUCCUGUUAAGAAAUUGCUGUGAAUUACAGUGUUCAUGGCAAAGGAAAUGGGACAAGUUCUAGUGAGAGUGUAUUAUUCUGUUGUUGUUGUUGUUAUACGAUACCGUCAAUAUUGACUAUGUGUCAUUCAAACAUAUAUGCUUGUCAUUUCUGUGUUUUUCUACAUUUUUGCAGGCACAUAUAUACACCCUCAUCAAUCUAAGGUCAAAGAUGAUUAUGGUAGACACUUUUCUGUAAUAUUGGUCAGAAAUGUUGAUUUAUACACCCUAAUUUUCAUUGUUGCCGUUUUCUGUUUUUUCCCUUUCACAAAUGAAGCUGCAUGCCAUGUCUUUCUUCUCUUGCAAGGUUUUAAGGGAUUCAGCUGUCUGUCUGUACCUCCAUCUGUAGAAAAUCUUUUCUUGGUCAAAACUUAAGUAGUUUUUAAUAGCUAUACUUGUUACUCUUUACCAAUACAUGUACAUUAUAUACAAAAAUGACCAAAAAAAACUUACUAAUUUAAGGGGUCAGAUGAGAAAUAUUACGGUUAAUGUACACGGUUUUUGUUUUUUUAGUUCAUUGAUGCUGUAUUAAACCUUCACAGACACAGUACCAAUACAAGGGUCAAAGGUCAAGGCCAUUUCCAUUAUGUUACUUUACAAUGCAUUCUGGACCAGAACAUUGAACACUUUCCAGUAACUUAAACCCACAUAUCAUCCCCUUAUGUGUUUAAAUGUGAAAGGUCAGGGUUACUGUACAUGUGAAUUGAUAAUUUAUAAAGCAUUCUAAACAGUAAAAUUUCUCAUAGAUAGGAUCAGAAUUUCAUCUCAAUUCAUGAAACUUCACUGACAGAUUACUGACAAAAAUGUCAAGCACUGAAGGCUGAUCAUGUUGUAUUCUUAAGGUCAAAGGUCAAGGCCAUUAUGCAUUAUAAAAUGUAUUUCAGACAGUAACAUGGACGAUUUUUCACUGUCACUAUUAGCAGACAUAUUCAUAUUUAAAUGGUGAGAACUUGGUACAAUUUUGGUAUAAGGAUCCCUCCCACUCUACUGGUCUUCUGUAUAAACAGUGACCUCCCCUUGAAUUCGUUUUCGAUAUAGCUAGCACAGUAAGGCCAGAACCCUUCCGUUGACCAGGUUGCUCAGUCGGUUAGAGCGAUAGUAUACCAAAGUCCAGAGUUCAAAUUCUGGCCAAGCGCAGGGGAUUUAUUUUUUCACUCAGUACACUGUUAUUUCUUUAUUUUUUCAUACAAGUCCUACAAUGCAUAGUUUCAUUUUGAGGAAUGAUUUAACAAUGCUAUACAAAUGCAAAAAAUUCCCAUUGCAUAAUUACAGUUUUUGGCAGUGGUAAUUUAACUCUGUUGUUAAAAAGCAUUUUGGACCAUCACUUAUGCAAUCUUUCACCUACCUUUUUAGCUAUCAGACAUGACCUAACUGAGGGCAUAGAACAUUAGAAUGUGACAAAAAAUAUGUCUCAUUUAAGUUCCUUCAUAUUUAUUGACAGAAGCAGAGUGAGGGGGUAUUAUUUAACGAACACUUGAAUCGAAAAUUUAUUGACAAGUUACAAAUCGCUCAAUAUUUUAUAAUUUCUGUAAUGUUGUCAUUCACUAUAUCAAAAGUGGCAGCAUUUAAGUAUUGCAAUGAUGAAGAUUUUGAAAAGCAUAAAAAUAACAUGCUUUCAAGUCAGUUGGCACUGCAAUCUGUGCAAACAAACAAAAGGACAUUUUACUUUUUGAAGGUUUUUUAGCUGAAAGAUCAUGUUUCAUUUUUUGCUGUGGGAAUUUGUGAGGUUUGACUUAAUACUUUGGUCUAUACCUCUCCAAUGUUUGAUAAUUGAAAGUUGCUUCACAAUUUCAGUAAUUUUCACAAGUUUCAGAAUUAUCUAUUAAUAUUGAAAAAUAUUGAGGGGAGUGUGAAGAAUGAAGGAAGCAGACUGUUAUAAUAUACAUUUCUAUGCUUUGAAUAUUUUUGAUAAUUUUGCAUUUAGGUAAUCGGAGAAAAAUGGGCAUAUCAACACAUUAUGAAAAUAAGCAUUGCAGUGGUGUUGUCAGCAUAUAAAUGUUCACAUCAGGAAUAAUCAAAGAGACAAAAGGCAAACAUUUCACCAUUCAGAAUUUUCUUUUAUUACAGUACAUAUUGCGUUUUGAUAUUUUGUGUGUAUGUGUGUGUGCCUAUUUGUGCUUCGAACACAGUUUGAUUUCAAGAUACUGGAAACAAGAAAUUCUAAUUAUGUACCAUAUGGGUGUUAUAAGCGUGGAUUGGAUUUGUUUAUGAAAUCAACAUUAGUGUGUUCAAUGGACAUGUUACUACCCUGUGUAUUUAUAUACACAGUACAAUGUAUAGGUGUUAUUUGUUGGAGAAAUGGAAGUAUUCAUUCUGAAUGUAAUAGCUCCUAGUUAGACUAACAUUAUCCAGGCAGGUUAGCCGUUUCCUUCAUUAUAAAGGUUUCUUUUUAUUCAAAAGUCAUUUUUUGGGCAAUACAAUAUACUCUGACGAUAUCAGAGGCUGUACUGGUAGUAGUUAUGUUAAUUACACAUCAUACUUUUCCAUGUUGAUUAUAAUGUGUUAUUUAUUUUGUUAAAUAAAAAAUGACCACAUAAUUUGUAACAGUUAAACCUGCUUUAAAGUCAAACUUGGAUGCGUCGAAUACCAUUCCUGUUUUGAUCAGGUAGUCGAGUCCAGACAAUUUCCCUAGGUAUAGCUGUAGUAACUUGACUGGGGUGUUAGAAGUCGAAUACCCCUCGAUCAAUUGCAGUGAUCAAAUUGAUCCACAUCCAAUGCAAUCUUACAGUUUCCUUCGAAAUCUUAGCAUCGCUUACCUGGUCUGUGUAAAACGACUGUUGCAGAAUACUUGAUUUACACCCUCGUUUGUCUAAAUUUACAUGAUCUUCCAUGUAUUGUGUUAAAGAGAAGAAACAAUGUGAGAUAAAAUGUAUUUAAAACAAAAAUCACUUGUAUUUAAUCCUUUUGUAGUACAUGUAUCCAUUUUACUUCUGUCUGUAUUAUAAGAGAGAAUAUGUAGAAACAUAAUUCUUAGGUAAAGCUAACAAGGUUUUGUGUAGAAACAUAAUCACUGCUUCUGGGUUUAUCAACUUUGAUGUGCCAAUCACUGUGUAGUCAACUUUCUUUUUCUACGAAUAGCAUUGUUAUGACAAAAAUCCCUAUAAAUAAAACCACCUGUCUAUAAUGUUUUGUUUUGCUGUCUGCCUUUCGAGGCCAUUAUAGACAGUGUUUACCGUUUUUCUCCAUUUAGACAUUCUGUUUGCGAUUACAUCAAUAUCACAUGUUUUCAGAUUUCUUCUGAUAUCAAACAAAAUGAUCGAAAUUGAAUCAAAAACGAUACAGAAGGUAAGUUAUAUUUCUGCAAUGUUGAUUAGAAUGUUAAAUUAAGUUCCCCAUGAAAAGGAAUGUCUAGUCUACCAGAUAAAAACGACACUUAAGAACAAUGAUUUGAAUCGAGCUUGUUGUAUACCGAGUGUUAGCAGUGAGUGUUGCAUGUUGUAUCAAAUUUUCACCACAAACAUUUACAAGAUAAAGAUCAUGAUUUGCAAGACAACAAUUGUGAAUUUCAACAUACAUUACUAUUACAAGCUUACCAGGUAUAUAUUACUCAAACGUUUUUUCCAACCAAACAAAAUUAAUAAUCAAAAUGGAAAAAAAAUAUUAAAAAAAUGGAUCAG